AUUCUUCGGAACUUUUUCGAAAGUCCAAAGUCCAAUUCGAAUAGGAGAUGUCAAGUGAAAUUCUCAUUCAUUCAUUUUUCGCAGUUCAGUAUAAAGAAAGACAUAAAAGUAAUCGGAACACAUUUUAAAAGUGUUUAUUUCUAUUUAAUCGAAGUAAAUUAAGUAAUAAAAAUAUAACAAAAUGGCACGACGAGGACGUUCAGCAUCACCACCACCAGUUGGCCGACGAACAAUGGCUACUGCUCCCCCAGCUAGGGCAGCCGCACCGGCCAAACCAACACCUCCACCCGCUUCAACACCAGCUCCAGUGGCAGCUCAACCAAGCGCUGUUGGAUCUCCUGUUCAAUCAAGCCAACCAUCAAUGUUCCAACAAAUGGCAGCCACCGCUGGUGGUGUCGCUGUUGGUUCAGCUAUUGGACACACUGUUGGUCACGCUGUCACAGGAUUAUUCUCGGGCGGCAGCGACUCAAAGGCAGAAGCAGCACCAGCAGCUCAACCAGCCUACCAACAACCGGCCUACCAACAAUCCCAACAACCACAAACCGGUCCAUGCUCAUGGGAAAUCAAGCAAUUCUUGGAAUGCGCUGAAAACCAACACGAUUUGUCCCUCUGUCAAGGGUUCAAUGAAGCCAUGCGCCAAUGCAAAACCGCUAACAAUAUGGUGUAAAUCCUCUCUACCUGAUGCUAUUUUAGAAUGUGCUUAAACUAAAGCAGUUUAGUCAAUUAAACAUUCGUUAGUUUGUGAAGAAAAAAUUCCAUAUGUAAAAAAAGUAUACCGAAAAUGUGAUCCUUCGGUUAAUUGAUAUAGUUUGUUCUCAGAAGAAAAUAACAGGCAAUAAAAAUUAAAGAAAAAAACAACUAGACCAAGCAAAAAA